CGGACAGGAGCGCGGAUGGCGUGUUGGUCGACAAUGUUUCCGCUUCCGUAAUUCCUUUCCGGUGACCGUCGCACGUACUUCCGAGGCGGCCAUGGCCGGUCGUUACCAGAAGAGUGCCAUCGAUCACCUGCAGAAGGUUCUGGUCCGAGUCGUUCCGUACCGUACGCCGCUCGGGGCUUUCGCCGUGGACUGCCAUCGAGUUUAUACCGAUAUUUACGUGGGAGACGAGAACUCGGCCAGAAAUAAAUCGUAUUUACGAGCGGAAGGAAUAACUCACGUGUUAAACGCCGCGGCCGGCAACAAAUUCGGUCAGGUGGACACCGGAAGCAGUUACUACCGAGACGCCGACGUGGAAUAUCUGGGACUGAACCUGAUGGAUGCACCCGGUGAGAACAUUCAGCGCUACUUCGACCAAAGCGCCGCUUUCAUCGACGACGCCUUGGUCAAGGGAGGCAAGGUUCUGGUCCACUGCAUGUUUGGGAUGUCGCGAUCUGCCACCCUGGUCUGUGCCUACUUGAUGCUACGCCGGGGAAUGACAGCUGAAGAAGCACUGACCACCGUGCGAAGUGCCAGAGGAGUCAGACCAAAUGAUGGCUUCCUCCACAGACUUUUGGAGCUGGAAGAAGAAAUGAAACAUCGACCCAAAAGCCUUCUUUUCUGCUAAUUUGAAAGUUUCUCCAAAUGCAUUCUUCUGUCUCUCGCUGAGCCAAAAUUAAACUGUAGAAAUAAAGGUUAUAGGGCUUUCUUUCUCCAUUUUGUCUCCAGUAACUUAUUUUGCAGUUGCUGCAAGUAAAGCAUAAAGGCCUGUUUACCAGUUACCAGAAAAAUUGUUACAUCUGUUCUCAUUCAGUUGCACCAAAAAGUUGUCAGCCAAAUUAAUUUGUAGAUAAAAUAUUUUCUCC